AUGCAUCUAUCUAUACAAUACCUGCAAACAGAACCAGACCAGAACCAGAGGCCCACUUACCUGGCUACCUCAGCUGCGCCUGCGCACUGCUUCUCCUCCGGCUCUUCCUUCCCAGCCUGCGCGUGCGUGACGUCACCGCUCCCCCUUCCAAUCCCCGCCUCCGCUGCGAGCCGUUUCCCCGUCGCGCGCGUGACGUCACCUCCCGCUCCUCCAAUCGCCGCCUCCGCUUGCCGCGGAGGCUUCCUUUGCUCUGACAGGACCGCCGGCGCCAUUUUUGACCCGGUUCUGUCUCCCCGUGCGGACAUCAGGCCACGUCUUCUGGGCUUCCCGAUCUCCACGUCAAGCCCAUGCAGGUUGCGAGAAGCCACGUGUGGCAAAGGAGUGAGAGUGAAUCAGGCCCGGUUUGCAAACAUGUGUCUGGUCGCACAAAGCCGAGGACAAGAAGGGGGUUUCCGGCUCCUUCCAGACACCAACGCGGCGUGUUUUCGGCGCUCAGGCCUGCUCCGACUCGCCCGCUUUCCCUUGGAUCUUCCCGAUGCUUUGCCACAGGCCUGGGCACAUCUCCGGAGAGAAAGCAAGCAGCUGGGACAACUGGUUUUCUGUGGCUUGUCCUCCUCCGUCCCCGCAUCUCGCUGCACAGCAAUGUAAACAUCAUGCCAAGCGGAGGGAAUGUUUUGCUUUUGUGGCAAAGCUCGGUCCCAACGCUUGCAAAAUCAGCAGAGAGGAUGUGGCCUCCCCCGGUUGCUUUUUUCCCCCUUGCAUUCGCCGCCCGUGUCUCUGAAGACAACGCAUUGCUUCUAGACCCGAAAGACGACAAUAACAACACCACCACGAUGCAACACCCAGCUGCGGCCGUGACUCAGUGUCUGCGGAGUCUGGAAGGGGAUUUUUGGGGGCAGCGGAAUCGUAGGAUUGGAAGAAACCCCAACUUCUGUCAUAAAUGCACACUCAAAUCCCUCUCGACAGAGAGCCAGCCUGGAUCUAGAUCAAGGGUCCUCAAACUUUUAAAGCAGAGGGCCGGUCCACAAUCCUUCAGACUGUGGAGGGGCCGAAUUAUCAUUACCUGAACAAAUUCCUAUGCACACUGCACAUGUCUUAUUUGUAGUGCAAAACAACAACAACAACGAAAGAACAGUACAAUAUUUAAAAAUGAAAACAUUUGUAACCCACAUAAACCUAUCAGGAUUUCAAUAGGAAGUGUGGGCCUGCUUCUGGCCAAUGAGAUAGUCAGGUUAAUUAAGAUUGUUGUUGUUGUGUGUCUUCAAGUCAUUUCAGACUUUGAGUGAGCCUAGGUCUAAAAUUAUUUAUUUAUUCAUUUACUACAUUUAUUUAUUACAUUUAUAUCCCGCCCUUCUCACCCUGAAGGGGACUCAGAACAGCUGUAUGUACAUACAAUAUACAGUAGAGUCUCGCUUAUCCAACGUAAACGGGCCAGCAGAACGUUGGAUAAGCGAAUAUGUUAAAUUGUGUAAUGAUAUGUUGUUUUAUAUUUUGUCAUAUUGUAUGGUUUUGGGCAUGGCCCCAUUUAAGCCGCCCUGAGUCCCCGUUGGGGAGAUGGUGGCGGGGUAUAAACAAAGUUUAUUAUUAUUAUUAUUAUUAUUAUUAUUAUUAUUAUUAUUAUUAUUUUGGAUAAUAAGGAGAGAUUAAGGAAAAGCCUCUUAAACAUCAAAUUAGGUUAUGAUUUUACAAAUUAAGCACCAAAACAUCAUGUUAUACAACAAAUUGGACAGAAAAAGUAGUUCAAUAUGUAAUAAUGCUAUGUAGUAAUUACUGUAUUUACGAAUUUAGCACCGAAAUAUCACGAUAUAUUGAAAACAUUGACUACAAAAAUGCGUUGGAUAAUCCAGAACGUUGGAUAAGCGAGUGUUGGAUAAGUGAGACUCUACUGUAUUAUAUUAUUAGCAUAGCACAAUAUUAGCAUUAUACAUUACUAUAUUGAACUAUACC